GCGUUUGGGUAUAAAAGAGGCAGAGGUGGACCUGCCUGUCAGAUGGUUUGUUGUUGUUCUGUCUGCCAGGUUGAGAGGGGAAUGUGAAAGUGAGAGAUUCAACAAGGUAACCAGGAAAUAGGACAGCCAGAGCGACGCCCAACCCAAUGGAGCUUCAGAAGCCGUAAGUUUCUUUGACAAUAGAGAAGAUUUUGGUCAAACAAGCUCGUCAAGUUUAGAUUUGCUGUGGCCUGAUAAGAGCAUCACAGCAUCCGUUGGAGGUUAAUCGGUUGCUGGUGGACAGUACAAUGAGAGAAGAGGUGUCCUGCACCAACUCCCCUGAAGGAGGUCUCGGGGCCAGCGAAGAGGAACUGGAAAGAGGAUCGAAGAAGACCCACCAGUCAGGAAAUCGAAAACGUUCCCCUUACCCCAAGAAGGACAGCCUUGGUCAGGCAGAGGAGAGUAGCACCGGCAGCCCAAACAGCCUACUGCCGUCAGGGCCAAAGAGGCCGAAGAAAAGCCCUUCCACAGUUGUGUCACUGGCCCCAACGUCGCUGGCCCCCAGGCUGGAUCAGCCCUUUGAGGACCUCCACUCUCAACGCAUCAUUGCCAACGUGAGGGAGCGCCAGCGCACUCAGUCUCUGAACGACGCCUUUGCUUCUCUACGCAAGAUCAUCCCCACGCUACCUUCAGACAAACUGAGCAAGAUCCAGAUCCUGAAGCUGGCCUCGCGCUACAUCGACUUCCUCUACCAAGUGCUGCAGAGCGACGAGAUGGACGCCAAGCUGGCCAGCUGCAACUACCUGGCCCACGAAAGACUGAGCUACGCCUUCUCCGUCUGGAGGAUGGAGGGGGCCUGGGCCAUGUCCACCAGCCACUAGGAUCCCUUCAGACUUCUCUCCUAAACCCCCUCGUGUCCACAUCUUCAUCCCACCGCCUUUGUCUGUGUCAGCACCCAUUUCCUGAACCUCUGAAUUCUUCCUUUCCAGGCUGAUCUUGAUCUUCUCACACCAAACCUUCUAGUUCUCGAUCUUUGUGCACCAUAAUGGUUCACUCCGUCUCCUCCUUGCAACUAAAACCUCUCUCAGCUCACCUUUUUCCACUUCAUUUUUUUCUGCUUCCACUACUGUCCCUUUUCUGUCCUACACUUUAGUCCAGCGCAACAAGACGCUCCGCUGCAGCCCCUCAGAAAACCGACAAAUGGAAAAUUCUCUCCGCUCAAAGACGAAAUGUGUUGCUGCCUCACCAGACGACCCCCCCGCCGCCCGUUUUUUUUAAUCCUCUAAAAAAAAAAAAAAAAAAAAAAAAACCAAAACUUUUUUAUCUCUUUCUGGAUACGUGCUUGACUCAGGACACUGAGAUGUAUUCAUGCAGCUUGACUUUUCACUUUGUGUUUCUGAAACACUGGUGAGGAGACACGACAGUCAAGCGACGAACACUUUGAGUGAUGGAAACAAAACAAAACAAAACAGCUGGCCUGCGUUGACAAUGAAACAAAAUGGCUGCUGGUUUGAGUGCCUUGGGUAACACCGUGGUAACCAUCAUCCACUCCGACUCUUCGCGUUGGGUGACUCACUGCCAGACAGACAUUAGGAUGACUAACGAUAAUGGCACAGUGAUGGUUAGAGGGCGGUCACAGCCAAUGAAUGUUUACAGCUAAAAUGCUAAUAAGCUAAUGGCGCUGGCUCUCAAAGCCCCGUCUUGUGGGAAAAAGAAAAGCACGAGGAAUCUGACACAGAUCUUCUACUUUGUUGUGCUGUAGUAACUUGAUAGCUUUUUGUGUAUUUGGGGAGGGGGGGGUUCAAAGUGUAUCUGUUUGUGAAUUUGGUGUACUCACACUGUAUUAUUUUAACUCUGCUCGUGCAUUACACUCGCCUUUAAUGAAAAAUGUCCAUGGGAAAAUGUCUUAAACCACUCAUUACAAAUCAGCAACUAAUCCGCUUUUGUUUACGUUCACUUCAGUGUUUCUAUUAUUGGUGAGGGUUGCAGAAAAAUUUUAUUUUAAAAUGCAAGAAAAUCUGAUUGUUUGUGUUUCUCCUGCAGCUUUAAGAGAUAUCUUUGCAAACCUGCUCGGAGUGCUUUCGCUGAAUAAUGCAGAAGUAAAAGUGUGAAGUUUCUUACAAAAUGUCGAAAAUCAUGAAGUGAAUCCAUCCAUACCGCAGAAGAUUCAUUUGAAACCAUAAAUAGCCUAAUUAAUGCUUGAUCGUGUUUCUUUUGUGCUGUUUUGCAUUUGCUUUUGAUAACCGUUACUGUGUCAGCUCCUGUGGACAAUAAAACUUUUCUCGAUGCUG